AUGGAGAGUUCCCUAGAAAUUAUUGGGGAGGGAAACAAAAUGAUAGUGAUGAAACAGAAUGAUGGAGAGAAGAAUAAAACUUGUUUUAAUUAUUCCAAGGGAAGAAUAAAAUCAGGAAUGUUAAGUUAUGGAAAGGAGUUUACAGCGCAGUCUUAUUUUAACAUACUUAAGCACAUACAUUUUUAUAGUUAUAUAUUUUUAAAAAAUUCAGUUAUAAAAAUUAUGAAAGAAAAUGAAGUAAAGAAUGUAAAUAUAACAUUACAACAUUAUUGGUUAAAAAAAAUAUGCUAUAAGAAUGUGCAGAUUUUUGAAAAUAUUUUUCUUGUUAACAACAACUUUGUAGUUUUUAAUCCUCAGUUCAGCAAUUUUGUAAAAGACUCCUUAGAAUGGUAUCCAUUUUGUAACGUAUUUACGAAUAGAAUUAUAAGAAAAUUUCCUUCUAUCUUACAUAACAAAAUGGAAAAAAUAAAACAGUAUUUAAUUAAGCAUUAUGAUCAAUUUAUAGCUUACAUGAUGGAAAAUUCAGACAUCAUUAUACAAAACAUUUGGCAAGACUUGAAGGCAUUUAUUAAAUUCAUAGCACAGAAAAAAAAUUUGCAUUACAUGAACAAAUAUAUGAAAUCGUUUCUUAAGCGAACAAAUCGUAGAGAAAUACUUCAGAACAUUAUAGAAUAUUUUGAUCGAUAUGUAAAAUGUUUAAAAAAUUGUAAACUAUUAAAAAAAAAAGAAAAAAAAAUUAUCACAACUGAAAUGUCCAUAUUUAAGGAAAUAUAUGAUGCACACAAUUUUAUUUAUCGAAGUAAAUCGCGAAAAAAUUGCAUUGGAUAUGUAGAGGAAAAUUUAUUUUCCAUUCCUCCUUAUUUGCUUCCAUAUGGUCAAAAUAAUAAAUAUUUGGGAAGAGCUGAAAACUGCACACUUAUAAACGACAAGGAUGUUGCAGAAAAAUCCAAUUCUCUCAUAACAGAUUGUAAUGCAAUGAGUAAUAAUAAGAGCAAAUUAAAAUCAAAUGAUGAUUUUACUGACAAGUAUAUCAGUAUUGAAUUAAAAUUAAAAUGUGGAAUGAAAGAUUACAAUGAUAUGUUUGAUCGGUAUAACAUUCAACAAUUUAUAAAAUUGAGAAAUAAAAAUUUUAUGAACUUGUCUUUUUAUAUCCCAAGUAAUUUUUUUCAUCUUAAUUACUGGGAUAUAUUUAGCAAUUUGAAUUUUAUUUUUUUAUUCCAAAGCAAUAAUAUUAAUUUGUAUAUAAAUGACAAUCGAUACAUGAACACUACUCUCCAUUCGUUCAAUCAUUGUGGGGAUUUCUUUUACAAUAGCUCGUUCUGUAUGCCCAAUUGUGGUGAACAGCACGGGAAGACAUAUUUGUCGUACCUUAAGAGCAAAGGGUCAAAAAAUAAAGUUUCAUCCAGUGAUGCACUAGUAGGGAGAUCGACACGCAGAUCGAUGUGCAGAUCGGCUUGCAUAGAGAACCCCUCUGGUGAGGUCUAUAAAGGUUCUUAUUUAUCGGGUGUUACAUCUACGGGACGUGUUACUUCCUCUAAUAUAUGCAAAGGGAUGAUGAACGAAUUAAAUAACGAUGGAGUGGAUGAAAAUACAAUGAACAACUGUAUAGAUGAGUUGAAUGAAACACAAAUGAAGAUAUCAUGGAAGUAUGCAAAAAAUUAUAACAUCUUGGACUUUUGUCAUAAGAUUUGUAUUCACCUUGAUGAGAAAUCUAAUGUCGUGGAUGAAUAUACUAAUCGUAAAGUCUGCUGUAAAAAUAGACCCUAUACAAAUUACGCAUACCAAAAUUAUAUAUUCAGCAAUAAUUUUUUUUUCAAGUAUGCAAAUCCUUGCUUGUGUCGAGAUAUACGAAGCAUUAUAUUUUUUAUACAGAAAGGGGACUAUCAUCUGUGCUUGAAAAAAUUCAGCACAAUUUUGGAUACUUAUAAAGAUAUAUAUUACGUUAAUUUAAUAGCUCUUUUAAAAAAUAUAGUGAAUAUUAUUUAUGCUCGAUAUUCCUUAAUAGGCCAAAAAUAUUUUAAGCACAAUUUACUCAAGUGUGUAAAUCAGAAGGAAAAUAAUCUUUGGAAUAUUAAUUUGGGGAAUCCAAAAAAUAUUUCUAGCUAUAGUGCCCGAUGGAAAGUAAAAAAUCACGAUUCCUCACUUCUUGUUCAAACUUGGAGAAGAGGACCUUCACUCCGAGCAUGGAAAAGAGAUAUAUUUUUGAUCAUUAAUAGGAUAAAAUAUGAAAAGAUUAAAUGGGAUGAAUUAUUUGAAGAACGGUUCCCUCAAAUUAAGGAAAAUUAUAGAGAAGUAUGUGGUAUUUAUAACAGUAUAAUGAAAAAAUUGCAUGAGAAUUAUCUCCCCAUGUUCAGGCAAAAAUUAGAUUAUCAGACAAAAUCGUGGAAAGAAAUACACAACAAUUUUCAAAAAGAACAUGUGAAUAAAAUCAAAAAUGAAUUUAUAUAUAUGUAUGAUCAAAAAGUGAAAACUAAUUAUUACUACAAUUUUUUGAUAACAAAUAAACUGAACUUGCUGGCCAAGAUGUAUUUUCAGCAAUGCCAUUACUACUUGACAGACUUAUAUAAAGAUAUGAAAAGCUUAUGUAAAGAUAAGGGAUAUUUACAACAGGUUAUCUCAUCAUUGACAUGGGUUAGCAACAUGAUGAAGAAUGUUAUUUCAAAUAAAAAAUAUAAAUAUUACAAUCUGAUUGAAACACGUAAUGAUUCAUAUUUUAAAAAGAGCGAAAUUGUUGAUUGUUCAGGAUUGUUCAACAAAAUUCUUUUUUGCAAGAAAAAUUUAAUAACAGUAGACAGAAAUUUAGAUUCUAAGGAAAAAAAUGAAAAUCUUGUCAUAUUAACAAAUAUCAUAAAGAAGGAAAAAUAUUUGUUUUAUAAACUGCUCUACUUCCACUGUUUUAGUGCUGGGCAAAUUCAGAUAGUGCUCUGUAUGAUUAAGUUGAUUAAAAUUUUUGAAAAUUUAUUUUUUUUAAAAAAUAGUGAAGAAAUAUUUUCAAAUUUUUCUUACUAUAGUACAAGCUUGGACAAUUUUUUUUCCCUUUAUAAAAACACUUAUGUAAUGAAGAACAAGCAUUUGUCUUGUUUCAUUAAUGUUAAAAAAGUUAGACGGUUAUCUGAGCUUGUGCUAUGCGGAGAAGAAAUGUCUGUGUUUGCAAGUGGUGAUAAUGAUAUUGACAUUCAAACGACUAGGAAAGACAUGAAGGGUUCCUACAAGUCCACUCAGAAGGGUGGAAAUCCAAAAUAUGAAGCAUUCAUCUAUUUACAAAAUGUUCAUUUUUUAUUAGGGAACGAACUUGUUAUUGAUGCAAUAGAGAUUAUUAACAAAUUCCCUAAAUUACAACUAAAUUAUGUGAAAACUGAAAUGAAAAAUUGCACGAGAAAGUUGUACUAUGGACUCUACCGAAAUAUUAAUCAGUAUGAAAAAAAAUUUGACCCAUUGUAUAAGUCCAGUUUGAAAAAGAAAAUAAACAGGAAAAAAUUAAUCAGCCAAAUGUUGAGUAAUUGUACAUUGAUAACAACUGACCAUUUUCAUUAUUUGACAAGUGAACUAUUUAUGUCUAAAAUCAAAAGUACUACUACCAUUGCAGUAAAACAAAAAAAGAAAGUCGACAUAACUAAGAAAGCCCUUCGGGUUUACAAGAACAUGAUUUUUUUCGUAUGUCGUUUUUUAAUAAGUAGAACAUUGUGCGACAAUAGCACCAUUUUUAAUAUUUAUGCAAAGGAAGAUAACAAAUACAAUGAUGCUGAUGUUUUGCACCAGUUGAAAAGCAACCGUUUCAAGCCCUUGACAAUGAAUAAAAGUAAAGGCAGGAAAAGGGUACGCAGCGCUGCAAAAAAUGUGGACUCUAUGAACGAUAUCCACGAUGGGGAUCACAAUGGAACGAGAAAGAAACAGAAGGGAAAAGAAGAAAAUAAUGGAAAUAAAAAUCAGAGCCCAAAUGAUAAUACAAAUGAAAAAAGUGUAUACAAAAAUGAUUUCCCCACCAAUAUUAAAAAAAAAAAAAAGAAGAAAUACAUAUCUACAAAUAAGAUCACUUGUUACUCUUACCCCUUGAGAAGUAUUCACUUAAAAAAAAAAAAAAGAAAAUGUAUGAAACAGGAAAACAAAGAGUUCCAAAAAUUGAUAGAAAAUACUUAUGUGAGCUGCCAAAAUAAGAAAAUAUUUUAUCGCAUUAGUUUAAUUGACUUAUCUAUGAAGUCCCUAAAUAAAAUGAAUUAUUGGGAAAAGCAGAUGAGUCAAAUAAUAUCUGUUUACAGGAACCUUUCCGCACACUAA